UUUGCCCAUCUCUCGCUGUUUCAGGACGGAAAGAUUUAUGUGAAUGGAGUAUUAAAAGGCGAGGCUACCAAGGAAAACUUGGAGGAAAUUAAGGUCUACAAUGAGAAAAUGCGUGAAUGGACAAAAGCCUUGCACAGCAACAUGUUUGAGACCAUGAAAAGAAUCAUUGACGAUAUGUUUGGUGACCACGGUUCAUUCUGGCAAAAUCUUUCUGGGCCAUUCUGGAAAACAGUAAAAGCAUACGGACCGGACAGUGAACCGACGAAGCCAGCAACAUCCCCGAAAGAGCCAGAGAAACCGGAAAAACCGGAAAAACCUCUGCCAAAACUUCCGGAAACGAUGCCUUUGCCUGAACCACCGUCUUUCUGUAAACCGUGA